AUUCUCUAUGAGUUUUAUUAUAUGAGAUAUCUAACAUCAUCAAACUCAUAGAAGCAGAGAAUGAAUGGUGGUUCCCAUGGGGAGAGGAAAGGAGUAGUUGCUGUCAAUAGGUAUAAAGUUAUAGUUACACAAAAUGAAUACAUUUUAGAGAUCUGCUGUACAACAUUGUGCCCAUAGUUAACAAUACAUUAUGAUGCACUUUAAACCUUAAGAACACCUAGCACAAGAUCUAUCCUCUUAACAUGCACAUCUUCACAUACACACACACACACACACACACACACACAAACACACACACAACAAGGAGACACAGAAAACUUUGGAAGGUGAUGGAUAUAACUAAUACCUUAAUUGUAGUGAUGGUAUUACAGCUGUGUGUAUUAUGUCCAAACUUAUUAAAUAUAAAUGUUGACCAUGUGCAACUUUUUGUAUAUUAUGCAUACCUCAAUAAAGCCAAGAGAAAAAAAGGAAACAUCAAAAUUUCAUGACUUACUUUUCUUCCUCAGAACAGUUAUUUGUUUCUCAUUGGAAAGUCUAGAAAAGGGGUUAUGAUUUGAGGGAUGUGCCCUCAAAGUCUUCUUAUUCUCAUGCUAGUGAUUCUAUUUCACAUUCAAAACUUUUCUGCCCACCUGAUACACAAUGAACGAGCCAUUAAAAUGCAGCUUUAUCCUCCCAGAUCACCAAAAGGAAUGUGAACAGGUAAGAAUCAUUCUCAUGCAGGGGCAGCCAUGAUAUGCCAUGCAGAAUGAAACUAACACAUAUAUCAUCUUUGUAUCAUUAUGGCAGCUUUCUUUGAGGAAGCUAAAGCAAGAGAGGCACAUGAGAAGCGAUUCAGGAAGAGCUGAUGGGAUGCACCCUAACAUAUCGGGACAGGAAACAAUGUUUUCCAUCUGUUUUGAAAAGCUUAACCAGGAAAACAAACUUGGCUUAUUUGAUAAUUGCCUAUUUAUUAGGACAAACAAUGACAAGGAAAGAAUGCUGUAUUUGAUGACAACAGCUCCUUAGCAGGGUAUAAAAAGGGAACUGGGCAAGGAGAUUUCCAGACCUUCCAAACCCACCUUCCUGAAGACACAACCAGAACCUCCACCCACCAACACCAUGGUCAACUCUUGUUGUGGCUCCACCUGCUCUGACCAGGGCUGUGGCCUCGGCCUCUGCCAGGAGACCUGCUGCCGCCCCAGCUGCUGCCAGACCACCUGCUGCAGGACUACCUGCUGCCGUCCCAGCUGUGGUGUGUCCAGCUGCUGCCGCCCCUCCUGCUAUGGCUGCAGCUACUGCAGGCCCAGCUGCUGCUGCCCCUCCUACUGUGGCUCUAGCUGCAGUGGCUCCAGCUGCUGCAGGCCCAGCUGCUGCAUCUCCAGCUGCUGCCGCCCCUCCUGCUGUGGCUCUAGCUGUGGCGGCUCCAGCUGCUGCAGGCCCAGCUGCUGCAUCUCCAGCUGCUGCCGCCCCUCCUGCUGUGGCUCUAGCUGUGGCGGAGCCUGCUGCAGGCCCAGCUGCUGCAUCUCCAGCUGCUGCCGCCCCUCCUGCUGUGGCUCCAGCUGCUGCAGGCCCAGCUGCUGCAUCUCCAGCUGCUGCCGCCCCUCCUGCUGUGGCUCUAGCUGCGGUGGCUCCAGCUGCUGCAGGCCCAGCUGCUGCAUCUCCAGCUGCUGCCGCCCCUCCUGCUGUGGCUCCAGCUGCUGCCGCCCAUCUUGCUGAUGCCCUAGCUGCUGUGGCUCCAGCUGUUGCUGCCCCUGUUGCAGCCUGUGUCCAGUCUGUGGCUGGGUCUCCUGCUACACCACUUGUUACCGCCCAACCUGUGUCAUCUCCACCUGUCCCCACCCCACGUGCUGUGCCUCCUCUUGCUGCUGAAUCUCUGCCUAUAAUCUCUGUAACAUGAUGGGUGUCCACCUGCUGCUGCCCCUCUUGCUGCAUUUCUAGUUGCUGCUGCCUUAGCUGCUGUCAGACCACCUGCUGCAGAACCUAGUGUUGCCGCCCCAGCUUCAGGGUAUCCAGCUGCUGCAGUGUGUCCAGCUAUUGCCAGAACACCUGCUGCCAUGCAGUCUGCUCUACUGGUUCUUGCUGCUCAAAGCCCUGGCUUGCACCUACCCGUCUUCCAUCAACCAAUCUUGAUGUAGUCCAACUGUGAGAUGAAUCAUGACAGGCCAAUGGUAAAACCUCAGUUCCAACUGAUUCUUAAACUGAGUUUAACCUCCAAAUAUCCUGCCCAUCCCCACCAUGUUACUCUCUCCCAAAUGAACACAAAGUUUGAACUUUCUCUGAAAUCUGUCAAGCAAUAUGUCAUCUCACUUGAUAUAUUUGCUCCCUGCCAGAUUUUUCUCAUAUGGAGAUGUUCCUAUAUCUUAAAUAAAUCUUAAUUUUCCAUGCAUAAGAGUGCCAUGUCUCAUUAUUUUUCCUUCUUGAAUUGUCAUUGUUAGCUGUCAGUAGUUAGCUUUCUCUGCAGAAAAAGCAGGCUGCAGUAGGCGAUUUCAGGAUUCCCACCUCUAUCCCCUCAGCACUCCUCAUUCUAAUACAGGAAGAUGAUUUCUUACAGCAAGCGUCUGGAACUCUCUGCCAGAAGACUUUCUCUGGAUGAAGGAGCAAGCUCUGGGCAGGCCAGAGGAAGGAGUUAAAGUCUCUAGGGGGUAGUGUUCAACCAAUGGUCAGGAGCCAGUGGAUACAUGCCCUGGCUUCUUCCCCCUCAAAUCAGGGCAUGUUGUACCAGCCCCCAGAGGUCUUUAGUGGAAUUGAGCCCCAGCUGCCUAUGGGAGUAAUCUGCUGUUGUAAUCAUUAUAUUUUGGCUCCCAUCCUGUCCCUGGAUCACUUCCCAGGUGCCCUAACCAUGCUUCUUAGGAUCACUUCUCAAAUAAACUGGUUGCUCUUAAACCCCUGUUUUUAUAACUUACCCACUUGAUGUUGCCAUAUGCUGUUGGUUAGAAGCAAGUUACAUGACGGAAGGGAAUUAUGUAAGUCCAUGAAUACCAAUAGGCAGAAAUCACUGGGCCAUCUGAGGGGCCGCCUAUCCUAACUUUUAUGUAAUAUUGACUAAAAGAAUCAAAACACAUAUAGUAAGAUUCCAUUUACAUAAAAUUCAGAAACAUGUAACACUGAACUAUAUUGUUUAUGGAUGCACACCUAGUAGCAAAUUAGGACAACUAUCUGUAGGGUGGAAGAAGGGAGAUGUGGUCAAGGAAAGACCUAUCACAGACCCUCUUGAUAAUAGCAAUGUUCUAUUUCUUGACUUGGGCUUUGGGCAUAGAGAUGUUUGCAUCCUAAUUUAUUAUAUUGUAUCUAUAUGUUUUAUACACUUUGAAGUAUAUUUGUGUAUUUCAUAAUAAGUUUUUAUAAAUUCAUGGUGAACUGAAAUGCUUACG